AUGGAUCUAUCCCAUCUCCCAAUCGACCACUUCGCGAAGGUCGACCAAUUUACUCGAACUUUAUAUUACGAUGUCUACCCAUCUGUCACUCCUUCGUCAGAAGAACUCGAUCAAAAAGGGAAAACUGUCUUGAUUACGGGUGCUAGCUCAGGUAUCGGACGAUACGGAAUUGCCUUGUCUUUCGCAAAGGCAGGCGCGAGUGUCCUUAUUCUUGCUGGGCGAAAUAAGCAAGAUCUGCAAGAAGCGGCUGGCGAAAUACAUCUAGCGGCACCGGAAACUCUGAUUGACAUAAGGGCAGUUGAUAUCAGUAGCGAGGCUGAAGUCAAGGAUACUUUCAAUGACCUUAAAGCAAAAUAUCCAAGAAUUGAUAUUCUUGUGAACAAUGCAGGUGCUGGGGAAUCUCCACUUCCAAUUGUUGAAAUUGAACCCGCGAAAUGGUGGCGCAACUUCGAAGUCAAUGUUAAAGGAACAUUUUUGAUGACUCAAAACUUCCUACAGCUGAAUGGGAAGGACAGUAAUAUGACUGUCAUAAACGUUACGAGCGCAGCGGCCUUAAAUUCCUUCCCCUGUCUAUCGAGCUACUCGCUAUCAAAGCUCUGCCAAAUCAGACUUCAGGAUUUUAUACGCGUGGAAAACCCCAACGUCCAGACUUUCAGCCUACACCCUGGAAUUGUGAUGACUCGUAUGACUCCGACCUUUUUUGAACGCUUUUCAAAUGACACGUUUGAUUUGGUUGGUGGUGUUACUGUUUGGCUGGCCUCUAAGCAAGCGGAGUUCAUGAGCGGGAGGUACAUGUCUGUUAACUGGUCUGUGGACGAACUGGUUGAAAGGAAGGAUGAGAUUGUUUCAAACGGCCUCCUUGAGAUUAAGCUACAUGGAAAAUUCGGUAGCUCUGAUUGA